UUCUUCGUCCGUCGCCCCUUGCACGGGGUCAUAAUUCGCGUUAGUUUUUAAAAUUGUGUUGAAUAAUCCGUGUUUUUAUUGUUUAUUUAAUUUUAAUCAUAUUCUUUUGAAUUAAAAAUGGGUCAAGGUAAAAGCCAGUUUUCGGAGGACGAACUCCAGGAUUAUGAGGAUCUCACGUAUUUCACAAAGAAGGAAGUAUUGUACGCACAUCAAAAAUUCAAAGCCCUGGCCCCCGAGAAGGUGGGACACAAUAAAAAUGCCAAGUUACCAAUGGCCAAGAUCUUGCAGUAUCCAGAGUUAAGGGUCAAUCCAUUCAGGGAUAGGAUAUGCAAGGUGUUCAGCUCUAGUAAUGAUGGAGACUGCACCUUCGAAGACUUUCUGGACAUGAUGUCGGUGUUUAGUGAAAUGGCACCAAAGGCUGUGAAGGCAGAACAUGCUUUUAGGAUAUUUGAUUUUGAUGGGGACGAUAUGAUCGGCGUGUCGGACUUGAGAGAGGUCAUCGAAAGGCUGUGCGGGCCGGAUCACAAGCUGACCGACUCGGAGAUACAGCAGUUGGUGCAGAAUGUACUGGAGGAGGCUGAUCUUGAUGAUGAUGGUGCACUGUCCUUUGCGGAGUUUGAGCAUAUCAUCGAUAAGAGCUCGGAUUUUUGUCAUUCCUUCAGAAUAAGACUUUAAACGAAAAAACACGGAGAUGCAGCACAUAAUAGAAUAAGUACACAACAUUAUAGUCACAAAGUAACUAUUAGCAUAAUAGAUUAUUUAUAUUUUACAUGAUAAUUAGCUAUGUAUACUAAAAAAGAAGCUCAGACGCACAAAUAUUAUGUAUUUACAUGUAUUCAUUGUGAUUCUUGUUAACAAUAAGCAGAUGGAAGAUAGAAAGUACCAGAUAUUAAGAAUUGAAUAUCAACCAUUUAAUCCAAGAAAGGUUGUCAAUAAUGGCUAUGUAGCCAUAACUCUGAUGGUCCAUAUAAAACCACAAUAGGCAGUUAUACAUUUGGACCGCAAUGUUCCAAAAUCUGAUGAGUGGUAUCGAUGUCUCACAUAAAAGAAUACUAAGAAUACUCAAUGGAUUGUAAGCUGAUUAUCAAGUUUAUAAAAUACUAAUGUCUACAAUAGUCUGAUCGAAACAGUAUUAUAAGUUGUGUGUUAACAUAUACUUUAUAACCAAAAGAAAUGAUGUAAAAUUGUAACUCAAAUUAGUAACUAGUAAUCUCAAAUGGGAUAUGCAUGUUUUUGUACGUAGAGGUAAUGUUGCCUGGUCGAACUGCAGAGUCGAAACGGAGGCGAAUAGUGAAUAAUGUAGGCAACUUGCACAUAAGAAUCAGUACUGACAUUCUAUUAUGUUCACAUUUAUGUAUUUUUUUUUUCAUAUUAAACUUAUUAUGUAAGGCCUAAUUGCCUAAGGCUAUUAGUAAAACUGGGGUGGAUUAAUGUCGCUUAUGAACUACAAAAUUCGCUGUAAUAACAUAAUAGAACAUUAUAGCAAAUGUCUAUACUUACUACAAUAAAGGCAAAGUAGAUUGCGCCCGCGCAGCGACUACGUUUCGACUCUACAUCUCUUAUCAUCCAGCCCUAGACUAAUAUUUGUACACUAGGCAUAAUUUUAAACCUAUCAAUGUUUUUUACGAGGCUGGAACUCUCAAAUCUAUUCUUAAGAGAAUAGUCAUGUAUGAAUCUAGAUAUUGUAUAUUUAAUAUUAUUUUAAUAGAAUUUUAUCACAUGUAUUACUUUAACGAAUCAUGAAUAUUAUAAUCAGAGGACCCUAUUCCGCCUUUUCGCGCUUACGAGCGCUGUAAUCGAAGGACACCAUUGAUAGCCGUAUAGGUAAAUAGGGGAUGUUUUUGACUCUAACCUAAAUAGCUAUCAAAGUUAUCCUUUAAUUAAAACACCCCUCAUUAUAAAUAGACGGAUAAGCCCACGUAGACGGAAUAGGGCCCCCUGACUAUAGUUAUAUAUUUGAGCUCGAAUAUAGCUAUCUGGAGGGGUAGUUUGUCUAUAAGUACAUAAGAUAAUGAAUUGUUAUAUUUACAGAAAUCAUUGCAAGAGUAGCAGUUGCAUACUAUAAUAGAGUAUUUGAGUAAUUUAUGUUCUAUUACGGUACGAUCGUAGUGCUGAGGUCUCGAGUUCGAUCCCAGAGAAGUGAUAUUGGGUUCUUCUACUCAGUAUCAGCCUAGAGUCUGAUAUUUGUGUCCGAUAUGGCAAUAUCCCAUCAUGGGACGGAAUAGGCACGACGAGAAUUUGGUGCAACAGUUGCGCAUCUGCCUACCUUUUCGGGGAUACAACGCGUGAGUGUAUGUGUGUAUAAAAUCUAACAGAAAGAUUUAUUAAAAUUCAUUAAAAAAUCAGCACCGUUUAAGACAAAGUUUCACUAGAAAAGAAUGGAAAAGAAUGAGAUGGUGCGAUAUACCCAUUACGCCCAUAAUGUGGAGGACAUUUCAAUAUUGGAAAUAUGAAUCACUGCCGCAUUUCUUAAUGCAGUUUUCACAAAAGGGCUUCUUUUUUAUAGCCUGCAUAAUUAGAUAUAAUACACAAAAUCAAAUAUAGGAAAAUUCGCUAUUAAAGACUUCUAGAUUAUGCUCACAGACUGACAAAAGUAUCCUAAAUUACCUAUAUCCCACAAAUAGUCAAUGCUAUCCCACUAUAUAGCUAUGAAAACACAUUACAUGUGAUAAUUUAUAAGUAGAAGGUAGAUACAUAAGUUGUGAUUUCAUGUAAUGCAUUUAGUCUUCCUUUUUUACACUCAUGUAAAUGUAAAUCUUUUUGAAUUUCUAUUUAUUUUAUUUGUAUGUUGUGACAUUUUAAAUGUGGAACGUAAUGAGCCAAAACUGCGCAUUAAUUUCUUUCACAAACAUAUCGCGCUCUUAAUAAAAUAAUGACUUAUUUCAAAAUUGUUAAUUUGUGGUAGUCUUCGGAAAACUACCUUUUUAUGGAAGUUGCUAUAAAAUUGAGCUUAAUAAAGAUAGGUAAAAAAUCAAACCUAUAGCAUCAAAAAAAAGGGGAAAGAACUAAAAGGUCGCAAACAGAAAUUGGUUGUUUGACGAUUCCUACAAAUUGGCAAUUUUGGAAUGGGUCAUUAUUUUAUUAAGAGUUAUAGUCGGGGUGGGUCAGCUUGAAUAAGAGUCUAUUUAUUACAGCGUAAACUUUAAUGCACUUAACAAUUAACACUUUUACAUAAGUACACUCGCGCGCCAUGGACUACGUGACUCUCUCGGUGGCGCGCAGGCUCACCAUUAGUCGGGGGAAGAUGUCACGUGCGGCGCCUGGAUACACCUUGUUUCGGAUACUCGCCGUUACGAGGUGUAUCGUGCAGGCAACGUACCGCGACCUAUACGGACGGGGAGUCUGCUACUAGUCACCGCUAUAGAGUGUGAUAUAUAUUUUAUAUAAAUAAACUUAGGAAGACCGUAUUAGCCAUAUUUUGUGCGAAAAUACGCCUGCACAACACUUGUUAAAAAAUUGAUUCUUAUUUUCCAAGGUUUGGGCAAAUAAACUGGGUGCUUUAGUUUACGACGAGGUUUUACAGUCGGCGAUGAACUUGGGCUCACCCUGUCUCUGCACCCAAGCGCCAAUCUCGGGACAUGAAACUUAGUAUUAGUUGAAAUCAAAGAUAAAGGAAAGAUACACCCAUGUGUAUAUUUACUAUAUAUAUGGGUGAUGCAUAAGUGUAUCAAGAAUAACUAAUUUUAUUGUUUAUAAUUAUGAUGAAUUUUCUUUUUAUAUAUUUUUUACAUUGUGAUCUCAAUAUAUUUUAUUGUACUUGUUAAUAUUAUGUUGUAAACCUUGCCUCAAUGCUUUCCACAUUGAAAUAAAAUUAGGUGAAUUUUAUUAAUUGCCAAAUCUUUUAGUAAAUUUUUCAAUCAA